GCAUGCUGGGAAUUCAUACACAAAUCAAUAGUGAAAGAAAAGUGCUUGAAACUGGACUGUUUAUAAACUAUAAGCACAAAAAUGUCAAAGCGUAAGAAGAGCGCAGCUUUGAUAGAUUCAGAUAGUGACGAAAGUGACAGUGGAUCAGAUUUGGAAGAAGAUUUGAAAGCACUGACAAAGAGAAAACGUCAAGAUUCUGACUCUGAAACAUCUGAAAGUGAUGAUAAUUGGACAAUGAACGGGGAAGGAAAAAAGAAAAAGAAAUUGAAACAAACAAACAAGAAAGCAAGUCGCAAAUCUACAGCAAUAUCAUCAUCAUCUGAAAGUGAUGGGGAGAGUGACAAACAUGUGUCGGAACCUGAGGAGGGGGAGGUGUCGGAGUCGGGCAGUAACUCUGGCCCAGCUGAGGAAUCAGAACCAGAAUCAGACAAAGAAACUUUUCACGAUGAAUAUGAUGAAAAUCUCUAUGGUGAUGAAGAAGAUAGAAAAAAAUUGGAACAAAUGACAGAAAAAGAACGAGAACAAAUAUUAUUUAACAGAGGAGAACUCCGACAAGUACUUAAAACAAGAUUUGAAAUUGAGAAAAAACUUCGGCAGGCAAAGAAGAAAGGCCUAAUGAAUAAGGACAAACCGGCAAACGAUUCUGCAAUUCACAAAUCUACCAGUCAGAGAAGUACAGAAAGACGAAAAAACAUGGAGGAAAAAAAGGACAGUAAAAAGUUUGCUGCACUCAAAGAUCUGAAGGCAAAACGUGAAGAAAAGAAAAAAUUAGCUGAAGAGUUAGAAAAACAAGAACAAAAGAAAAAACUACUCAAAGCCAGUGAAAUCUAUUCUGAUGACGACGAUGAUGAUGACGAUGAAGAUGAUGACGAAGAGGAAAGAGAGGAGGAAACAAAGUCAAGGUCACGAGAUCAGGAUACAAGAGAAAAUAAAUUCGGGAGCGACUCGGAUAGUAGCUCAGGGUCCUCUUACAGUGGCUACAACUCUGAAUCAGAUCAUGGAUCAACCCGAGGAUCGAAGAGGAAAGUACAGUUUGUCAGCACAAAAGAAGAGUUAACAAAAGUAAAAAUUUCCCGGCAUAAACUUGAGAAGUGGUGUCACAUGCCCUUCUUUAGAAAGACGGUACAAGGUUGCUAUGUAAGGAUUGGCAUAGGCAACCAUGAAGGCCAAGCUGUCUACAGGGUGGCGGAAAUCAUUGGUGUUGUUGAUACAGCCAAGGUGUACCAACUGGGGACUACACGUACCAACAAGGGACUCAAACUCAGGCAUGGCCAUUCAGAAAGAGUGUAUCGAUUAGAAUUUGUCUCCAAUCAAGACUUCACUGACUCAGAGUUCUUCAAGUGGAAGGAGGCCAUGAUGCUGGGAGGGCUCACCCUGCCAACUAUAGAUGAGAUUGAAAGGAAGUUCAAGGAUAUACGAGAUGCUUUGCAAUAUAAAUUUAAAGAAAAUGACAUUGAAGAGAUUGUUGCUGACAAACUGAAAUUUAAGAAGAAUCCUCAUAAUUAUGCUGUAAAGAAAACACUGCUUUUAAAACAAAAGGAAGUGGCUGAUAUUGAAGGUGACCAGGUUGGUCAAUCAAAAAUCAAACAGGAGCUAGAACAGCUGGAGGAGCGAGCCACAGAGCUUGACCGUAGGAGGUCCAGUAACAUCAGCUCUAUCAGUUAUAUCAACCAGCGUAACAGACUGAGGAACAUGAUCGACGCAGAGGAAGCCUGUAAAGUGGAAGUGGCAGCCAUGAAAACAGCAAUUGCUGACCCCUUCACACGGCGACAAUGUCGGCCAACCAUUGUGACCAAGUCAAAAGAAUCAGUUGCAGAUAUUGAAGCAAAAGUCAAAGCUGAGGAACUCAAGAACCUGUCAUUACCAGAGAUGGACAGGUCAAAUCAGGGUGAUAAUGGAAAAAGCAGAUCAGAAAAGUUAAAUAAGGCUGAUCCACUAAAGUUCCUAGAACCCACCAAACAGAAGUCAACAGAGGACCUUUUUGACGUCCACAACUUCGAUAUCACUAUCGACUUGGAGGUGCCAUCAAGCACUCCAGUAAUGGCUGUGAACAACCGAUCUGCCCAGAAUGUGCGGGACCCCACUCCACGGCGGUCCCUGAACCUGGAGGAGUACAAGAAGAUGAAGGGCUUGAUAUAGGAGAGUGGUGUGAGAGAGAGGGGGCCUAGGCUUAGCCUGGUCCAGAGUGGGUGUGUAAGUGUGGAGGGUUUGGUCUGUGAGAGUGCUCCCAAAUCAUUGAACCCAUUUAUACUGGACAAACUUUGUACUGAUGGGAUGGUUAUAAACACACUCUACUAUCAAAGUGUUGGAUAAAAGAUUUUUCAUGUGAUUUUUAAUUUUUUCAAUUUUUCACCAACCACAUCAAAUCAAAAGAAAAGAUAUUGGAUGGGUUAAUCCAGUGUUUAGGAACACUGUUGUUUGUUGUGAAUCUCUUUGUUAUUAUUUUAAGUUCUCAAAUUCAGCAAAGAAAUCUGAUAAUGUUCCCAGAAAAAUGAAGUGAAACCUGUCUAAAUCUGACAUUCUGUUAACUCAGUCACUCCGAAAUAUUUAAACUGGACUUGUCAGUCUUUGAUUUUAUAAGGUUCAAAUGUGACUUUAGGGGUGAAUGGGUUAAAUGCAACAAAUCGGUUGGAUUAGACGGGCAAUGAAACGCACUAGUUUUAUGUGGCAGAUUUUACAUAAAAUGGGAUUCCAGAUGCAUGUCAAUUACGACAGGAUGUCAGAAUGACCUACUAAUUGAGUCAGAUAGUACAGGUGUCAAUGUAUAUUGAGUUUCCUUACUGUCAUCUUUUUAAUGUAUCAUUGAUCUAAUUUCAUUCAUGGUCUUGUGAAUUAUUAAAAGGAAUAUAUAAUGGCUUUUUUUUCAUAUGAAAUAUAUGAAUAUACUCAUAAUUUUAAAAAGUGCAUUGUAUUUGUAUUUGACAACUUCAUUGAAAGGUUAAUAGUGAAUACAUCACACAGGCCUUUGCUGUUAUUAUUUGAAUACAAUCUCAUUGCUGUAAUCCCACUUGUAAUAUUGUAUUAAUUGGUGGGUCAGGUUUGUACUCAUUACUUGCAGACAGUCUAGAAGAUGCUUUUCUUCUAUAAUGUUUGGUAGUUGCUUUAAUCCUACUUGUAAUCAUUGAUGGGUCAGGUUUGUACUCAUUGAUACAUGCAGACACUCUAGAAGAUGUUUUUUUCUUCUUUGAUGUUUUGGCAGUUAUUUUUACAAGUUAAUUUGUGAUUUUAUAUCGGCCUACUAUAACAGGUUUAUGUCCUGUCAUUUAUUAUCCACAACAGCUUCAAGACUCGCUUUAGAGACUAAUUUAUCUUAAUAAUAUAAAGCUAUUUAUAAAUACAAAGUGUAUUUAACCUAUAUUAUUGUGAGUAUGUGGAGGCGUGAUGGCAGUGUUGUUUUUGUAUGGUAGGGCCUGAUGUGUGUGUACCAUUAGGAAUUGUGUAUUUGACUGGUUUAAUUAGGAUGUGUUUCUAUGAUAGAGACUGACGUAUGAUUAGGAUGAUGUGUAUUUGUAUAAGGACUAUGUAUGAUGACAAAUGUUGUGCAUUUGAAAAGGAUUGACGAAUAAUAAGGAUGUUGUUUUUUGUUUAGAGCCUGACAUGAUUAGGAUGUCUUAUGUAAGAUAGGAACUGAUGUUUUAUGAACAUGUGUUGUAUGUUAGAGAGUGCCAUAUGAUGAGAAUGUUAAUUUUUAUGAUACAGACUUAUGUAUGAUGAUGUGGUGCGUUUGUAAGAUAAAGACUGAUGUAUGAUUACAAUGUUGUAUAUUUGUAUUAGGGACUGCAAUAUCAUUUGGAUGAUACAUUUAUGUCAUCAAAUUGAACAACACAGAAAGUGAUGAAUUAAUUUAGAAGCAUAAUACAUUUAAAAGUUGAGUACCUUUAAUAUAUUCUGAAAUUGGUCGUGGGAGCAUUCUUUAAAAAAAACUGUUUAUCAUACAACAUUGAGUUAAGAAAACUGGCAGAAAUGUGAAUGAGAGGUGUAACUUGACACGUAAAUGAAUGGAGUGACAUCAAAGCCAUUGGUGGUUUUAUCCAUUGAGAAACUGCAUGAUUUGUGUUGGGACCAGAGGGCGAGGUGUGUGAUUUGAAUUGUGACCAGGGAGUGAGUCGUGCAAAUUGGAUGGUGACUGGAAUUGAGGUUUGACUUGCAUUGUGAUUGGAAGUGAGAUGUGACUUGGAUUGUUAUUGGAAGUGAGGUGUGACUUGGAUUGUGACUGGAAGUGAGAUGUGUCAUUUGGACUGUGAAUAGAAGUGAGGUAUGUGAUUCUGAUUAUGACUAGAAGUGAGAUGUGUCAUUUGGAUUGUGAUUGGAAGUUAAGUGCAUGAUAUAUAUAAAUACUUGUGUCGAGUACAAGUACAAGUUUUUAUGUUAACUAGUGACAGUGUCGCAUUGAAUGAUUCCUAAUGUGUAUACUUGUGUCUUAAUAAAAUAUGGUACUAGCAAAAAAUAAAAUUUAGCUUGAUUGAUAAUGUUUUCAGUAUGGUUUUGAUGUGAUUUUACAUUCAAAUAGAAAAGUGACGUAUCUUAUACAUUCUAUAAUAAUAGAAUGAUCAAUUAAGUCAUGUGUUUGCUAUGACUUUGAUUUUAGAUCAAUUGAAGCAUCUUAAUGCCUUUUAAUACCAUCAGUCUAUGUAAAGUCUGCGUUCUUCAGAUUCAAAGGUAUUGACUGUAUAACCCUUUUCUAUGUAGUCCUUAAUUUAUAUAGACACUGCAUUAUGACUACAUAAAUGGUUAAACCCUGUUUAACCUGUAUUAUAUCACAGGAUGAAAGCUGGUUUGUUUCGAAUAAUAAUCUGUUAAUUAGUUUUCAGUAAAAUCAUGUUCCACAUUUUUACCAGUGAUAGGCUCCAUAUCACUGUCGGAGGUAAACUGGACACUGUACAGUAGUAUUACAACAGGGGGUGGGCUUAUUACCAAGCACAGUCUUAUUGAUGAGUUUGGGCUUUUCACAAGUCAAAUGUGGUAACAUCUACCUCGGCUCCUGUAAUAUAUUUAAAGAUACGAAAUGACAACAGAGAAUAUCUUGCCUGAUUAUGUUUGAUGUUGAAGUUGAUUAAUUAUUGGACAAUCUAUGUUUUGAUCCUCACUUUGAUUUGAAGGGUUGUAAUUUCCAUCCCAUCCGACGAUCCACCAUUUGUCUGUGGUUCCUUAGGGAUUAGGCCACUGAAUUGGUAUCUUAGGUCAUAUGGGACAGCUUGUCUUCAUAUCGUUUGUUGUAUCUUAAAAUUUAAUAAAAUAUUGUGACAAAGAAA